AGAAGAUGAGUUAUACAAGGACAAGAUUGCACUAAAUCUUCUCUUUGUUCAGGUAGUAAUAUUUUCAAUCAACUUGCAUCAGUUAUUUAGACAAAUUUAGGAUCACAAAUUGUGAACUUACAGGCUGUCAGUGACGUUGAGAGAGACUGGGUCAUAACAACGCCUGAAACUCUGGAGGAGCUUAAUAAUUUGAAGACAAAGAACGAGAGAAAAAAGGUACAUGAUGAUCAUAUGUUUAUGAUUAACUAGCCAUGAGAAGGUGUGAACUGAGUUGCAACAGGUGAUCAUUGGAUUUAAAUCCAAAUAAAGAUGAAACACAAGAACUCACUUUUCAAAUGGCAAAACUCCCUUUUCAAAUGGAUGAUCAUAUGUUUAUGAUUAACUAGCCAUGAGAAGGUGUGAACUGAGUUGCAACAGGUGAUCAUUGGAUUUAAAUCCAAAUAAAGAUGAAACACAAGAACUCACUUUUCAAAUGGCAGAACUCACUUUUCAAAUGGCAGAACUCCCUUUUCAAAUGGCAGAACUCCCUUUUCAAAUCAGAACUCCCUUUUCAAAUGGCAGAACUCCCUUUUUCAAAUGGCAGAACUCCCUUUUUCAAAUGGCAGAACUCCCUUUUUCAAAUGGCAGAACUCCCUUUUCAAAUAGCAGAACUCCCUUAGCCAGAAUUCCGUUUUCAUUAAGUACGGUAAUAUAAGUUAUUUUAUAUGUUAUACAUUGAUCUUUUUCAGUAUCUAAAACUUGCAAGAAGUCAGAAAUUCUACAGCUAUCUCCAGUUCAAACCAUGUGAGAUGGAUUUCCCCGAGAGUAAUUCAAAUGUUAUCAUAAAUAUUGGUGGAUACGAGCUCAACUUCAAACUCAUUGGAACACAGGUAAUCGUCUUUACAUGUACAUAAUCGUCUUUACAAGCAAGGAUGAUAGAUUUAGUUAGAGCGUUGUCUCUUACUGCUGAGUUAAGCCUGCUACUUUAGGAAAGCAAGGAUGACAGAUGUGGUUAGAGCGCUGUCUCUUACUGCUAGUUGAGGGUAGGGUAUUAUUACUUAGUCUUAGGAUGGGUUAGAAGCUCGCGGCUGCAAGGAAGAAUGGUUAGCACUCCCCCUAUCAUUACCUGUUGUUUGUUUUUGAUGUAUUUUGAUCGUUUAUUUUGUAAUGAUCUUCACAGAGUACGAAAAGUAAAGAGGGAAGUUUUAAAGUGACCAGGAUAAGAUGUUGGAGAGUCGUCUCAUCGGUGAGUGCGUUAUAUCAUAGUCUUUCAAAACAUGGUUUGGAAACUCCGCUAAAGUCUUUGUUCUAUCUUUUUGUUCGCGUUUAUGCAGUUUUGUGCACGGUGCACACGGUCAAUGAACACAUUGUAUUUCAGUAUAAUGAACGAAUCAUCCAAUAGCAACGUUUCAAUUCAAUCAUUCAACCAUGCUAUUUAAAUAUUAAUAAACCUAAAACGAAGGAUGUGCAUGCAUGGUGUAAAGUACAGUUCAACAUAAACUCCCAGGUCAUUAUAACCGCUUUGAAGUUUAAUGAGUUUCCAGACCAUGUCUCAAAAGACUAUAGUUAUAUUCCUUGUAUCUCUUGAAAUGAUGAAGCCGAUCUGUAAAUAUUAUAUCUACAAUAAUUCUGUUUUAAAUAUAGAGAGACAAUGAUGGCGAAAUUGUCACGAAAAUCGCGUUUGAAUAUUUGUUCACUAAAGAUAAACUCCAAUGGAUAACGAUUACAAGCGACCAGGUACAUUUUGAACUGUCCAUGUAGUAUAUGAGCAAGGACCAUCUUUUCAAUGUUAAUUUUUUAUGUUUGUUUCAGGCGAUGCUCAUGAGUUUAUGUCUUCAAGGUAUGGUAGAUGAAAUCGUCCAGCAGAGAUCGAAGAUGAAGGUAUGGACAGGUUCAUGGGAAUCAGUGUGUAUACUGUAGCUUGUUUAAAUAUGAAGUUAUCUAUCUUGAGAUUACAAGCAAAUUGAAUUUAUAUAUUUUAAAACUGCCCUAAAUAUAAUUUCCUCAAUUCAAGCCCAAGAAGUCUGAGGCGCCAGAACCAAAGGAACAAGCAUCUCCUGCAUCAGCCAAAGAACAAUCCACAACAACGGCCAAAGAACAGUCUACAACAACGGCUAAGAAAGAUGUCGAGAAAGAAAAGAAACAAGACUCACAGUCUUCUGAUGAAGUACGUGUGAUAACUUCACUCACAGAAAAGAAGAAACUAAAUCCCUCUAAUCCACUGAGUGGCAGCACUCUCUCCCUGGCGAGUAAAAUCAUCUGGCAUUAGACAGAGUAAAAUAACGAAGUAGGGCGCAUCAAGGCGUAUUGACACUUCAAGAGUUAGCAUGGUGCAUGAUCAGAUAUUCUGAUUAACCCAUUGAGUGGCAGCACUCUCCCCCUGGCGAGUAAAAUCAUCUGGCAUUAGACAGAGUAAAAUAAUAACGUAGGGCGCAUUAGAGUGCAAUGACACUUCAGGGGUUAAUUUAUUUGCCACCAAAUACAAGACUACUAACAUAAUGAAAAGAAUGAACAUUAUUUUCUCACUCUGAUAACUGCAGGUUGACCAACAUCUGCUGCACGAUACUAAGUAGUCGACUAUAAACUUAAGUAAGGGAUACAACUACCUGAAAAAUACAAGGAGAACUUCACGAUCAAGGGCCUUCACACUUUCUUAUGACUGACACUAUACCUACACUGACACUAGACCACUCAAGAUCAUAAAGAAAGGCCAGCGACGCCGGAACGAUGUGAAGGCAAGGGGGGCAGAUUUUCGUGAAAGGGUAAACUUUUGAAUUGAUAUAUACUAAGAGAUGUUUGCAAAACAUCGGGAGUUGAACUUCGCCUAAUCAUGUUUUCUAUUGAUUGGAUGAUAGGGGUGUGAGGGGGUUCUCUGCCAGGCGAUUGUGCUAUUCUUGAAGCUCGAUGACUGCAUUUCUUGCGUUUUCUGAAGCAAAUUCGUAAAAGAAUCUCACUAACAUUUCUGACAAUUCGCUAUAAUUUCGCCAAGGCAAUCCUUUAAAGUGAAAGGGCACCUUUGCCACCCUUGCCCUUCCUGGUAAAGGGCAACGGGGGCGGCUGCCCCUCCUGCCCCCCAGUUCCGGGGUCCCUGAGAAAGGCCCGACCACAAAUACAAAUAUUUUCUAUUUAGGGUGGAGCGGAAAAGAGCAGUGACAAACCCAGUACAGAUUCGCCAUCAACCAAACGGAGCUCUAAAAAGGUAUGUUCUAUGUUAUUAAAUCUCAUUGAAAAAUACAUUAAUAAUUCAUGAGGAAAACACAGAGAAAAUGAUAAGCGUGUCGUAUCUUUAUUUUAUAUGUGAUAAAGAUUUCCCUUGAUUUACAUAAACUUUAACUUUGAUUUUCUCGACUUACACAACGUAUUUUUUGAUUAAUUACUUCGCCAAUGAACUUACUACAUCGAUCGUUUUUGAAGCAAUUUAAAACAUUCGCAGUUCGUGUUUUAUCACACCUAAAGAUACUCUGCUCCGCCUCGUAUUUUUAUAUCUGAUAAAACACUGCUGCUCAUGUUUUAAAUAGUUCUUGAAGUUUUUUGAAGAUACUGUGUUUCCAAAGCAAUCUUUAAUGUCAAUUUUGUAGAAGAAAUCAAAGAAAAUUGCUUCAGUCAAAAACGAGGUUUUUGCGCAAGACAUCAAGGAUGAAGAUUUAUGAUGGGUUGUUCUGUAUGGUAACAUGCGUAUUCUGAGUCGGAAACGAGGUUAAACCGGUUAGAAACCAGUUUUAAACUAGAUUGAUUCUAGUUGAAACGAGAUUUUAACCGUUAAUAUGCAAGAGUUGUAAUAACUUAAUAACUAGAUUGAAACUGGUUAAAACUAGUUUAAAACUGGUAAGAAACCAGCUCGAAACUAGUUUGAAUGAGAUUUUAACCGUUAUAAAUAAGCUGCCGUUGUUUGGGUCUGAACUACGAUUACCUGAAAAAGAUUAAGCUUGACUUUUCCAGCGAGAGGUCUAUGGAACAAAAUGCUACAGUUUUGUUCCAUCAGAGUCUGGUAUAUGUCUAGGGGUAACCAAAAUUGCUUCAAACAUCUGUCCAACUCAGGAUACGACUUGUUGAAGAAUCAAAUCUAUUUUCAAGUAUAUAUGAGCAGACAUGAUUAUCUCGAAUGAUUUCAAGCACAAUUAAAAUUAUUUACGGAUGAAUUUUACAUUACGAAUACCAAGGUGGUAGGAAAGAUUUCAAUUUUAUAUUGGCGAAUAAUUUACGCACGUUGUAUAUAGAGAGUUAUAUAGAAAAACUUUGCAUGAAAAAUGAAUGUUUUAAAAAAUAUCUAUUAAAUUUCUAUUAAAUAUUGUGUUUGACUGUUUGAAUCGAGACUGUCACUCGAAGUUAAACUAAUUUUAUAC